AUGGUGAGGCCUGGAAGGCAGCUAGCAAAUGGCGAGAAGAUGGACGUCAAGUCCAACUACACCUUCUCCACCGGAGGUGCGGCUUUUGACGACGGCCUCGAAGAUUCUGGCUCGGUCAUGCAGGUGUACCGCGUCAGGUCGGGCCUUACGCACAUGCAGAGCAAGUCAGAUAAAGAAGUGAAGGCCAAGUACGAGACGCUUCAGUCCAUCUUUGGGCUCGGCCUGGAGCCCGUCUUCACCAUGGACCCCCAUAACCUCGAGGCCACGAACAAGCGUAUAAUCGAGGCCAUCGAGGCCAAGGAGAGUCUGGUGAUUGCUGCUCCAUAUUUCAUCCCGCAGCUCAAGGCACAAGUCUCGCUCGGCAAGCCGGCCGAGAUGCGCGAGAAGCCCUUGCUGGCGAGCGACUUUCAGGACAAGGUGUUUGUCGUGGCUUACGAGAUUGACCGGCAUGGCAAGGCGGCCAAGGCCAUUUGUCUCGUCAAGCCUGACAAGGAGGGCGUGUGUAUGUCGAUGAAUAUACCCAGCAGCAAGGGUCGCGUCUUCUUCAAUCAGCAUCUCAUGGACCUGGAAGAAGGCACCAAGAAAGUGCGAGAGCGGUCUCUGGGUGCCCGUAUCGGCGCUGUCACCGAUCCAUCGUGGGCCCAAGAGGUCCAAGAGGAGGCCAAGGACAACGGUACCGACAAGUCAAAUUUCAUCUACCAGCCCAUUCCGUGCGAGACUUUUUCGACCGAGGCGCGCCUGGCGCGUCUUGCGGCCAAGCUCGACUCGGCUCCCGUCGACGACCCCUCGAUCAUCAAGGAGAUCAUUGCCGAAGUCGAGGGCCUGGCGCUGGGCCAUGAAGCGACUGCGGCCAACCAUGGGAUCAUUCAACUUCUCUGCGUCGACGAGCCGUUUGAGCCGCCCUCACCAUGGUGA